AUGUCGGGAGAUGAAAACACUGGUCGCACUCUCAGCGGAGACCCAGCGGAACCUCUACCAGCAAGUUGGGCCAAUCGUCCUGCGGCACCUCGAGUUGGAAGGAUAGGCGAUUGGGCAGGAUCGUCCUCAUCAGGGGGAUCUCGUUCAGGAGGUGGCCGAUUCGCAACACUGUCGAGUUUGGGUGGUGGUGGUGGCGGUGGAGGAGGCCACGGGGGACAUGGCCAUGCACACGAUGACGAUGAUGACGACGACGACGAAAAUCAAGGCGGUGAGAGCUGGUUUGCUGGUGGAGAACGCAGCGGCAUAUCUAUCGAGAACCCAGAUCGACAAAGAGGUGUUCCAGGAGGCAACAUGGUUCGAGAUCUCCUUCAACGGGCAGCACAAGCUGGACCGCCUCCCGCUGCCGAAACAAGACCCGGCGUAUUUAGUGGCGGUGGCCACACACUUGGAAGUGAUGAAGUCGAGAGCACAUAUAUUCCUGAUCCCAAUGCUGAGGAAGAAGAGACCGCUAUUCGUCACCUUACAUUCUGGCGCGAUGGGUUCCAGGUCGAAGAUGGAGAAUUGAGGCGCUAUGACGAUCCUGCUCAAUCACAGAUCCUCGCAGAAAUUAACGCAGGACAUGCGCCACCCUCUAUCCUCGAUGUCCGUCCAGGUCAACAUGUGGAAUUGCGCGUAACGAAGCGGACUGAAGAAGAUUACGUUCCACCCAAAGGCAGCAAAGUGUUCUCUGGCACAGGCAAUCGUCUCGGCGGUGUUGUGCCGGAUUUCAGCGCUCAGUCGAGUUCCAUGCCUGGCGAGUUCCCACCCACUAGCGCAGCCGCUCCACCUGCACCUCAUGCACCAGUGAAUACUGAGAGCAUCACGACCAAGUUUGAGGUCGACCAAAGCCAGCCUACUACCAGCAUCCAGAUCCGCUUGGCGGAUGGGACGAGGAUGGUUGCCCGGAUGAAUCUGACGCACACCGUGGGUGACAUUAGGAAUUUCAUCAACGCAUCACGGCCAGAAAAUCGCACCCGCCAUUAUACGAUCGGAACGACGUUCCCCAAUCGCACUCUCGACGAUGAUAGUGCCACAAUUCAAGGCGCUGGGCUGCUUAACAGCGUUGUCGUUCAACGAUGGGCUUGA